CUUGCUUCGUGGUACAACCCUUAGGGCAGACCCCAGCACCAUGGAGAGCGCCCCUCCUACAAAGGUUGAUGUUGUUGCUCAGAUCACACUCAACACUCAGCGCUUCAGUUAAGGUGGUUGAUAGCCCAAUCUCUUCGGUGUGGUGAGUUUUCCAGAAUGGAAUUUAGACAUUUUGUCCAUUUAGAGGAGCAUUGUCCAAUCUGUGGAGAUAAAGUUUCUGGAUACCACUACGGUCUGCUGACCUGCGAAAGCUGCAAGGGUUUUUUCAAAAGAACGGUCCAAAACAACAAGACGUACAUCUGUGCAGAAAACCAGGCGUGCAGCAUUGAUAAAACUCAGAGGAAACGGUGUCCAUUCUGCAGAUUUCAAAAGUGUCUUCAAGUUGGCAUGCGACUGGAAGCUGUUCGUGCAGAUCGUAUGCGAGGUGGCAGAAACAAGUUUGGCCCUAUAUACAAGCAAGAUCGUGCCCUCAAGCAGAGAAAGGCUUUGAUCCAAGCUUGUGGAUUCAGAAGUGAGAGCAGAGCACCUCUGAUCUUCUCAAAAUCCCAGCGUGUCUCUAACUUUACUGGUGGCCUCCAACCAGAAUCAGUCCUUCACAGCACCCUGGUGACCAAAGCACAGAAUGACUGUAUCAGCUACCUGUCUCCACCACUUCUGCCCUCCAGCUCACCUUGUGCCACAAAGUAUCAGUGCUUCACCUUUUCGAACUCGACAAUCACACCAGAGCACACAGAGAACUGUACAAGUUCACAGGGCUCUGCUGCAGGAAUCCACACGGACUCAGACAAUCUAUACUCAAGCUCUCCACAAGGUCCCAGGAUGCCUCAGCUCGUGAUAGAGUUUUUGCUCUGUGAUCUCGAUCAGCUACAACUCCAGAAAAAGGUCACUACUUCUCUUCAGCAGGAGAUGGCUAGCUGGAGGAAACACAGGAACCCCACUACUUUUACCCUGAUGUGCCUCAUGGCUGACCAGAUGGUGGUCUGUAUUGUGGAGUGGGCUCGCACAUCCAUCUUCUUUAAACAUCUCAAGGUGUGUGAUCAGAUGAAGUUACUGCACAACUGCUGGAGUGAACUGUUGAUCCUGGACAUCAUUUCCGGACAUGUCCUUUACAACAGGGAGGGAAGCUUGCUUCUGGUCACUGGGCUGGAGGUGCAGCUGUCAGACAUAGCGUCUCCUACCUUAGCCAACCUGCUCCAGAGUGGACAAGAGCUGAUUGAGAAGCUCCAUACCCUAAAGGUGGACCGCCAAGAGUUUGCCUGUAUUAAGUUCCUCAUCCUCUUUAACCCAGAUGUGAAAGAACUUGAAGAACAUCAGCUCAUCGAGAGUGUGCAGGAGCAGGCUGAAGGAGCCCUCCUGGAAUAUACCCUAUGCACCUCUUCUCAGCACCUUGGACGCUUUACUAAUCUGCUACUGUGUCUCUCUGAGUUACGCGCUCUCAGCAUUCUUGCCGAAGACUACCUGUACUGCAGACAUCUUAUUGGUGAAGUGCCCUGCAACAACCUGCUCACCGAGAUGCUCCGUGUGAGGCACAGCUUGGCAUGAAGACUGUCUGCACAUGUUACUAUUAAGUUGUGAUGAAUGUCUUGUACAAUGAGUUAUCCUUCAUAUUCGUCAGUGCUUAUGACAGAAUAUUAGCAAUGAUAUAAACAAUACAAUAAAAAAUAAUAUAAAGGACAUAAAUAGAGGACCAUAUAUGGACCAAUAAAGGACCAUAAAUUGGUUAUAAAGGGGAAAAUGUGACUUAUAAUCUUAAACCAUUAACAUUCUACUUUGUGUGGUUUCAGUUACUUAAGGUGCAAGACGUGUUUAUCCCCUAUGUCUGAUUUCAUUUCCUGUUUCCAUUUAAGAAAGCUGUAGUUGCUAAUUUCAAGGGACCUUUUAGGGACACAAGACACAAACAGCUGCAUCUGGGUAUAAAUAUGUAUCAUCUUGUGAUGUCCUUUGUCAGAUCUCCUGAAUACACCUAUGUGUAUGAGCUCUGUCCUUCAGCUGAAUUAAGAUUUCCUCUGCAACUCUUAGUGUUACUUUAAAUAAAACUUACAAAGACAA